CCGAGACUGGCCGAAACUUUCCGAAACUGCCCGAGAGGAGGCACUGCUGCUCGCGCUGGGCCGUGCGAUAAGGGAAAGGGCUAUUACAAGAAAUCGUCGAUACUGGUGGGGAAUUUUAUUAUUAUUAUUUUAAAGGAAAUAUCAUGCCCAGUAAAAAAAAGAAAUACAACGCCAGGUUCCCCCCGGCCAGGAUAAAGAAGAUCAUGCAGACGGAUGAAGAGAUAGGGAAAGUGGCGGCAGCAGUUCCAGUUAUAAUCUCACGUGCUCUAGAGCUGUUUUUGGAGUCCCUUCUGACAAAAGCCUGCCAAGUGACACAGUCCCGAAACGCGAAGACCAUGACCACGUCACACCUAAAGCAGUGCAUUGAACUCGAGCAGCAGUUUGACUUCCUAAAGGACCUGGUGGCGGCGGUUCCCGACAUGCAGGGCGAGGCCGAGGAUAACCACGCGGAAGGAGGGGAGAAGGUGUCGCGCAGAGGGCGCAAGCCAGGUUCUGGGAGGAAGAACGGGGGUGCCGGCACCAAAGGAAAGGACAAGAAGCAGUCAGGGACUGAGUCCGAGCAGGAGGAGGACUCUGAAGAGAGCGAGACGGAGGAGGAGGAGGAGGAGGACGGGUCCCGGUCCGGCGCCAGCCUGGCGGCGGUGGCUCAGUUCCAGGGCCUGAAAAUGCCCCCCCAGUACCUCCAGCCGGGGGCGCCCUUGGGCUCCUUCGUUCCGUCACCCUCGCUGCUGAGCUCGGCGCACCCUCCGCCCGCCCCACCGCCACACGACGACGACGAAGACGACGAAGACUAUGACUCCUAGCUCCCCCCUUUUUUGGUUUUUACCUUUUUGUUUCAUUUUUAUUGGGUUGGAGUGAGGGAGGGGGCCGAAACUAGCCUUUCUGCAAGGGGACAUUCGGAAAGUGUUAACGUCAGCGACAAGGGUAGCAAUCUGGCUAUUAUACGUUUUACCAUUCUCUUUUUUAGUACAGAUCUUAUGUCUGUCUUUUUUUGUAAACUUUUUAUUUGGAUGGUCCGUACCUUCCACUGUCAUGGUGUUAAAAUGGGCUCUAGCAGAGAUACCAAACUACAGGGCCCCCUUGUGGACAACUUUUGAAAUGAAAAUUGCACUCCAGCAAAUGAGCUGAGCCUGCGGGGGUCUGAAAUCUCGCAGGCUGCUGAUUUACUCAAGAGCACCUCAGUGUUUUUUGAGUCGACUUUCAGAAUCUAGAUUUUUUUUUUUUUUAAUAGAUAAGAGCACAAAUACUUUUUAUUUGAGAGUUCAGUUCUUACGCAUAUUUUGAUUGUGAAUGGCGCUGCUGGUGGUUAUGGGAUAGGACUGUGUAGCUACUGGUGUGUAGUGCAGGGGGAUUGGGGGAGGUGUAAGGGUUAAGCAGUGUACAGUGGGGGGGGGGGGGGGUGUAGCCAUGACCACAGACUUGUUUUGACUCUGUACAGUUCACACAGAGAGGCUGGGGGAGCGGAGAGUUUUAAUUGUAUAAAUGCUUUGUAUUCCUGUCGCAAAGAUUCCCUUUUAUUUAAUUUUUACUCGUGACCUUUGACACAGUAUUUUCCCUAGUUUGUAUUUUAUGCUGGAGCUGACUGUAGUGGGAAUAUGAGAGCUUGUCACCCGCGCAGUGUGAUGCGUAUGCAGCAUCUCCAGUGUUCUAACCCCUUGCAAGCAUGGAUUCACGCAUCUUUGACUGAGGUCUGCAAAUUGUGCACUGGCUCUGUCUGCAAACAUCCCGUUUAAUCACCCACUCUCCCCUCCUCCUCAGUGGUCUGUUCUUUUUGUUAUAAGGAUGGUAGUCACUACGUCACUCUCCCUGUCCUAAGGGGAAACUGCAGUAUUGAUGUUGGGAUAUUUAAGCCCGGGUUGAUGUGUAAUCAUUCAUCAUGCUCAUUGAAGUGGACACCUUCUCCCUUACAGCUCUGCACUGGACGUGUUCGCUCGUCUGUCUCCGUUCUGGCUUCUCUUGUGAAUGAAAUGCCAGUGUGACAUUAAAUAACCUCGUGCUGUGCACAUCUGCAGUAACCGUGUCCAAGUUUUGGAGUCGUAGUUACUCUAAUGGGGGAAAAAAGGGAAUUUAAUGCUAGCAUUCAGUUUUAUUCGUUUUUUUGUGUUUUGAUUUUGAUUAAAAAUGGGCAAAAUCAGAAUGACUCUUUGUUUUCGUAAUAUUUAAUAGAUCAGGAUCAUAGUUUGGUUCCCCCCUCCCUCCAACUUUGACCUUUGAUAGAAAAAGCUUUUCUUUUAAACUGUUUUAAUGUAUUCAGUGAGAAAAUGUGGAUCAGAAAUGAGGGCCAAUGUUGGAAAAUAACUCAUUUUUGUGUCACAUCUCAGUGUUUAGAAAGGCAACAAAAUGCUGUAUUGUAAACUUUUAACAUUUUUUUUUUAUUUUGUAUGAGUGAAAUAAACUUCAGGUUUCCGUA